AUGUCAAAUUCAUAUUCAAAUAGUUAUGAGGGUUUAAACUCAGAAAUAAAUGGUUUUGAAGGUUCUGGUUUUUCCUCAGUCGAUGACAUAUUUCAAAAACUAACAAUCCCUGACAUUCAAAAGUUAAAUAAAGAUCAUAAAUUGAAAAUUGAAUCAAGUAAACAUGAUCUUCAUACUUUGGUGGGUUCAAAGUAUCGGGAUUUGAUAAAAAUUGCUGAAGAUAUUGAUGAAAUGCAUAAAAUCUCAUAUGGAACUGAUGGUAGAAUAUCUGAUCUUUCAUAUAAACCAUCAAAAUUCUUAAAAUUAUCUACUACCAACAAUUUCUCCAAGUUUGAUAGUUUAAUCAGAGCUAAGGAAUCAUCCGAAGUCAGAAAGAAGAACAAGAUAACAAUACUAAGAGCAUUGAUUUAUAAUAAGCUUGAAAAAUUGGACUUGAAAAUAGCAACUAAUAAGUCUUCAUCACCUUUAAUUCAUUCAUCAAAUUAUAUCUAUUACUCAAAAUUAUAUUACACAAUUGAAACUAUAUUUGGCGAUAUUUUACAACAGAACGUACAUAUCAGAUCAAAGUUCAAUUCUUUGAAAUUCAACUUCAUCAAGUAUUUGGAAUCAGAAUUGGGUCAUUAUAAUGCAUUAGAACAAUCAAUUUAUGGUAGUUCAAGUGAUAAAAUAACUCCUCAACAGAGAUUGUUUUUCACUGAUUUAAUCAAUACCCAUACUAUUUUACUUGAUGAUGAUUAUACUAUCUUUGACCAAAUGUUACAAGAUGACACGUUUGAGGAUGAUACAGAAGAUGGUGGUGAUGAAUUUGAGAAUGAAGAAGCUGAAUUUUCAAAGUUAGAUUCAUUUAAUAAGAACUCUGUUCCAAUCAUUAAUUUCCUUUUAGCAUACACCAUUGUCAACAGAAAUAAUCCUGAAUUAGAUACUAUUUCAAAAAUAUUGGAGAAUUUCGCUGAUAUAAGAUUCAAAUAUUUACAAUCAUUAUUAAAGCCGUUGGUGAAAUAUGGUCCAACCAAAGUCAAUUUCAUGCAAAUCUUCAGAUACAUUGAAAACUCAUGUAUAUAUAUCGACAAAUAUCUUAAAGAUUCCAACAGUAGUUUUUUCAUCAACUUAAAAUUAUAUACAAAGUCAUGGGAUGCCACCAAAUUAAUUGGGUUUAAAGAUUGGAUAGAAAGCAAUCAAGUUUAUUUCAAUCAAUCGGUAUAUUUAAUUGAUCUUCCAAAGUCAGUGACAGCAUCAUUGAAUGAUUUUAAUAAGAGUUGGAUUCAAUUGUUAUUUGACUUCAUUACUAAUUUAACCGAAGGUUUAAACCAAGAUCCAUUUGAAAAGCUUUCACAAUCAUUGAUGAUGUUUCAUAAUUUUAUCAUGGACUUGUCGCGUUUAUUUGAUUUUGCGACCUACAAUGAAUCAAGCUCAAAGUUAAUUGAUUUAAUUGUUAUUAACAAUAAGGACAACAUCGCUUCCAAAUGUUUCGAUAUCAUUAUAAGUAAUUUGGAAAGUUCCUAUGCAUUAUUAUUUGAUGAGCUUACUUCAGAGUCUGAUUCAAGUAUUUCAAAAAUAGUUGAAUCUAAGUUAUCAAGUCAUUCCUCAGAAUUAAACCCUCACAGCGUACAGUUAUUCUCUAAGGAUUUAUCAGAUGUCAUGGACUCAAAAUUGGAGAAAUAUAUUGAUAUAAUGACUGAUUUCUCAUUAUCGACUUCAAACGAUCAAGUUUGUGAAUUAAUUCAAGCCUGGUUCACCAAAUUCGUCAAGCUUGAUGAAUUGCUGGACUAUAAACAAGAAAUCUCAUCUAAUAAAUUGACAGCAUUCAAUAGUUUAAAUAGUAUCUUCCAACUCAUUUCUAGAUCAUCAUCAGAUACUAAGAGAGAAAUUAAAUGGGGAAGCUUUUCUAGAAAUUUAUUUGAAUCAGAGUUUGAAAAACUAAAUAAGAGAAUAAUAUCUGAUUUUUGGGAAAAGUUAAAUUCGUUUAUUACAAAGACUAGCGAUUUGUUAGACUCUUCUGAAGAGUAUGAAGUACUUUCUAAUUACUAUCUUUUGGAUAUUUUAUUAACCAUUAAGGAGAAUAUAAUCAACUUAAACCAUGUUAGAAUUGAAGGUGAUUCGAUUAUUACACAAAUUGAUAAUAUUUCUAGAGAUUUAUUCCAGAAUAUUGUUAAUGAAUUACCAACGAAAUUUAAUGACAAAUUUGAUACAUUUUUCAAGACCUUAUUAUCAAACAAUGAACCAGUUGAAGAUCUUCCCGAAAGACCUUCUAUGCUCUUCUCAGCAUUGAUGUAUAAUUUUUCAAGGAGUUUCUUGUAUGCUGGAUUUGAAGGACAUGAAUAUCAAUUUGGCAAACUUUUCCUGAAUCCUCAUAUUAAUUCGAUUUUCGUUGACAUUAAGAAUAAAUGGCUUGUGAAGAAUUUAAUUGAAGAUAAGAUUUAUAAAACAUUGAAACCACUACCAACUAGCCCAUCAUCAGCUGAAAAUGGGUCUGAAGAGGAUACCGUUCAAGCUGAAAAGACCACACCAAAUAAAAAUGAACCAUCGCAAUCAGCCUAUGAAUUAUUUGCAAAUAUAGUGUUUAUUUUACAAUUCACCACUGCUGAACCUAUAAAGGAUAUCCACAAUGACAGUGUCAGAGCCGCCUUAGAUAAUAUUCAUUCUCAUUAUGGUGCUAAUACUAUUGAUGAUAUAUCUGCCAAGGUGAUUGUUACAGGAGUUUCAGAAUUCUACAGAUCAAGUAAAUCUAUAUACUUACCACUUCUGAUCUAG